GCAGACCGCUGGCGCGAUGCUGGUGCUGUGGCUGGUGCACUGGGGGCAGAAGCUGCUGAUGUGGGGCGCGCUGAGCGCCAUCUCGGUGGGGGGCGCCACCCUAAUCCUGAACCUCCUGCAGAUGCUGGCGAGCUACGCGCGGAAAUGGCAGCAGAUGAGGCCCGUCCCCACGUUACCCGGCGCCUACCCGUUCGUGGGACACUCGCUGGGGAUGAAGCCGGGCGGGAGAGAAUUUUUUCAGCAGGUCAUUUAUUACAGCGAAGAAUACCGACACCAGCCACUCCUGAAACUCUGGCUUGGGCCCAUACCGGUAAUAGCCAUUUAUAAUGCAGAAAGCGUGGAGGUAAUUUUAACUAGUUCAAGUCAAAUUGACAAAUCCUAUAUGUACAAGUUCCUGGAACCAUGGCUUGGCCUAGGACUUCUUACAAGUACUGGAAACAAAUGGCGAUCUAGGAGAAAAAUGUUAACACCCACUUUCCAUUUUACAAUUCUGGAAGAUUUCUUAGAUAUCAUGAAUAAACAAGCAAAUAUAUUGGUUAAUAAGCUUGAAAAACAUGUUAACCAAGAAGCAUUUAACUGCUUUUUUUACAUCACUCUUUGUACCUUAGAUAUAAUUUGUGAAACAGCUAUGGGGAAGAAUAUUGGUGCUCAGAGUAAUGAUGAUUCCAAAUAUGUCCAUGCAGUUUAUAAAAUGAGUGAUGUGAUACAUCAGAGAAUGAAGAUGCCCUGGCUCUGGCUUGAUUUUUUGUUUCUUAUGCUUAAAGAAGGACGGGAACACAAAAGGAGCCUAGAGAUCCUACAUAAUUUUACCAAUAAGGUCAUCGCUGAACGGGCCAAUGAAAUGAAGAGAGAAGAACCCGGAAGUGUUGACAAGGACUCUUCCCCCUUCAAAACUAAACACAGGGCUUUUCUUGACUUGCUUUUAAAUGUGACUGAUGAUGAAGGGAACAAGCUAAGUCAUGAAGAUAUUCGAGAAGAAGUUGACACCUUCAUGUUUGAGGGCCAUGAUACAACAGCAGCGGCAGUAAACUGGUCCUUAUAUCUAUUGGGUUCUUACCCAGAAGCCCAGAAACGAGUGGACAGUGAACUGGAAGAAGUGUUUGGGAAGUCUGAUCGUCCUGCUUCCUUAGAGGACCUGAAGAAACUCAAAUACUUGGAAUGUGUCAUUAAGGAGAGCCUUCGCCUUUUUCCUUCUGUUCCUUUAUUUGCCCGUAAUCUUACUGAAGAUUGUGAAGUUGGGGGUUACAAAAUUGUGCAAGGCUCUCAAGCCAUCAUCGUUCCCUAUGCACUGCAUAGAGAUCCAAGAUACUUCCCAAAUCCUGAGGAGUUCCAGCCUGAGCGGUUCUUUCCUGAGAAUUUGCAAGGACGCCAUCCAUAUGCAUACGUGCCCUUCUCUGCUGGACCCAGAAACUGUAUAGGUCAAAGAUUUGCCAUAAUGGAAGAAAAGGCCAUUCUUUCCUGCAUCCUGAGGCAUUUUUGGGUAGAAUCCAACCAGAAAAGAGAAGAACUUGGUCUAGCAGGAGAGUUGAUUCUUCGUCCAGCUAAUGGCAUCUGGAUCAAGUUGAAGAGGAGAAAUGCAGAUGAAUCCUAACCAUAUAAUUGGACUGUGCCUUUGUCAUGUAAAAGUUCUUUCUUGAAGGAAAUUGGAUUUAUAAUUUCUAGAUCAGAGUUCAACACUCUUAGUCCCUAGACCUAUUUCUUUCUUGUCCCUGCUUACGUUGCGGUCAAGUCCAACAAAGAGUUUUAUAUUUUCAUCACCACCAUAGAUCUUACCCUUGGUUUUGAUCCCAAAAGUAGAGUUAACUGAUGAUGGCACCCAAAUAAACAUAGAAUAAGUUUUUCAACAGAGGUAGCCACUGACCAACUCAAUUUCAAUUGGCAGAUCCAAAGGAUAUAAUUUAAUUAAAGUUCCAGAAUUUUUUUUAAGGUAUUCUUAUUGACU